AUGUUUAGAAGAUGCAUACCAGAGGAAGAGGUAGAAGGAAUAUUGUUUGCUUGUCAUAGUUCUAGCUAUGCAGGGCACUUUGCCACUUACAAGACAGUAUCCAAGGUCCUACAAGCUGGAUUUUGGUGGCCAACUAUGUUUAAGGAUGCUCAUGCAUUCAUAUCAAGAUGUGAUGCUUGCCAAAGAAUGGGAAAUAUAAGCAAGAGGAAUGAGAUGCCACAGAACUUUAUACUAGAAGUUGAAGUUUUUGAUGUUUGGGGCAUUGACUUUAUGGGACCUUUCCCAACCUCUUUUGGUGACCAAUACAUUCUAGUGGCAGUUGAUUAUGUCUCCAAAUGGGUGGAAGCCAUUGCCAGCCCUACUAAUGACGCACAAGUGGUCAUCAAGAUGUUUAAAUCCAUCAUUUUUCCAAGGUUUGGAGUGCCUAGGAUAGUCAUAAGUGAUGGAGGUUCACAUUUCAUAAACAGAAUCUUUGCCAACCUUUUGAAGAAGCAUGGAGUUACUCACAAAGUUGCCUCUCCUUACCACCCCCAAACUAGUGGACAAGUUGAGAUCUCAAACAGAGAACUCAAGAGCAUACUUCAGAAGACAACAGGCAAGACAAGGAAGGAUUGGAGUGCCAAACUAGAUGAUGCUCUAUGGGCAUACCGCACUGCCUUCAAAACACCACUUGGUACCACCCCCUUUCAUCUUGUCUAUGGUAAAGCAUGUCAUUUACCUGUGGAGCUGGAGUACAAAGCAGCUUGGGCUAUUAAGGAGUUGAACUUCAACCUAAAGACAGCAGGAGAAAGAAGAUUGAUUCAGCUGAAUGAGCUUGAUGAGAUUAGGCAUCUAGCUUAUGAGAAUUCAAAGAUCUAUAAGGAGAGAACCAAAGCUUUCCAUGACCGCAAGAUCAUCCCAAAGAACUUUGCGCCAAACGACCAAGUUCUACUAUUCAACUCAAGGUUGAAACUCUUUCCAGGAAAGCUUCGCUCAAGAUGGUCAGGACCAUUCAGGAUUAAAGAAGUUCGCCCCUAUGGAGCAGUGGUACUAUGGGACCCAAUGGGAGGAGACUUUACAGUCAAUGGACAAAGGUUAAAACCCUACCUAGCUUCCACCACCAUACCACAGGAGACCACACUGGCUCUUGGCGAUCCACCAGAUCCUUAA